UAAACGUAUCCUUGCUUGUCGGUGCUGUGGUUUCAUGGGGCAUUAUGUGGCCACAAAUCAGGGGACAAAAGGGAGCAUGGUUCCCUACUAAUCUACCAGAAAGUAGCAUGAAAAGUCUAAAUGGCUAUAAGGUCUUUAUUUCAAUUGCCUUGCUUCUUGGUGAUGGGCUCUACAAUUUUGUGAAACUUAUCUGUUCCGCAGCCUUGAGGAUACAUGAGAACAAGAAAAGAAAAAAUCUUGAUACGUGUUUGCACAACAAGAAUCAGCUGCCUCUUGAUGAUCUUAGAAGGCAUGAAGUGUUUCUAAGAGAAAGUAUUCCAGUAUGGUUGGCAGCUGCAGGGUAUAUUUUCUUCUCCGUCGUUUGUGUCAUUGUAAUCCCUCUGAUGAUUCCCCAGUUGAAGUGGUAUUAUGUGGCGGUUGCAUAUAUUCUUGCACCUGCACUUGGCUUCUGCAAUGCAUAUGGUGCAGGCUUAACUGACAUUAAUAUGGCCUAUAACUAUGGCAAAGUGGCGCUCUUUAUGGUUGCGGCCUUGGUUGGAAAGAACGAUGGUGUAGUUUCUGGACUCGUGGCCUGUGGCUUGAUCAAAUCGAUUGUUUCCAUUUGUUCCGAUUUGAUGCACGAUUUCAAAACCGGCCAUCUAACUUACACGUCGCCUCGAUCAAUGCUUUUGAGCCAAGCAAUCGGCACAGCAAUAGGUUGUGUUGUUGCACCUCUGACAUUCUUCCUUUUUUACAAGGCCUUUGAUGUAGGGAAUCCAGAUGGUGAGUACAAGGCCCCAUAUGCCCUCAUAUACAGAAACAUGGCCAUUCUUGGUGUUGAAGGCUUCUCCACCCUCCCCCAGCAUUGCUUGCAACUUUGUUAUGGUUUUUUCGCGUUUGCCAUAGCAGCCAACUUAGUGAGGGAUCUUUCCCCCAAGAAAGUUGGAAGAUGGAUUCCACUUCCAAUGGCAAUGGCUGUCCCUUUCUUAGUUGGUGGAUACUUUGCAAUCGACAUGUGUGUAGGUAGUUUGGUAGUGUAUGCUUGGCACAAACUAAAAAGUGAGGAGGCAAGUUUGAUGGUUCCUGCAGUUGCUUCUGGUUUGAUUUGUGGUGAUGGAUUAUGGAUUCUACCUUCAUCAAUUCUUGCCUUAUUUGGGGUUCAUCCCCCAAUGUGCAUGAGCUUCUUUUCAUCCAAGUAGAAUAUCACAAAGGACCCAUGUUACUACCUAAGGUAACUAUGGUUAUAAUGUUGUAGAAGGAAGUUAUUAGUUAUUAGGAAUUUAAGUUAUAAAGAUGUAUAGCUCUUAGUCAAAUGACAGUUUAGAGUUGUUGUGUAAAUAAGUUCGGCUGAUACUUGGUGUAAUUGUUGACAGAAUUACUGCUUCCUUAUUCUUUUA